AUGAACCCAGCCGCUUAUGUGGAUGUACUGUCAAGCUUGCGGAAGCACCGCGCUGCAAGCCCAGGGCUGCGGUAUUUGAUUAACGAGCUUGCCGGCAAGCUCUUGUGCCACGGGCCAGACAGGCGGGCUCGACACUUUCUCAUCCGAGAUGUUUUGGAGAUGCUCAGAUCAGCUGAUCUCGGCGACCGGCUCCAUGCCAUUAAGACCCUAAGGCGCUCUACGGCCGACUUGGGCAGGUUUACGAGCAAGUGCAAGGCAGCUUUAGGGGCAAUAUUGGUUCAGAAGCCGAAAAGGAGAAUGCUGCAUGUCUCUGCCACGUUGGCCGUCGAAAAGCUGGACGAGCUGUCCUGUCGCGCCUACUUCAGCAGGCAACAGCAAUUUCGUUAG